UGAUUCGUGAUCCGUUCGCUGUUUUUCCAAGAUGGCCGCUGGAAAGUCGAGACUAUUUUCUAUUUUUUCAAAUUUAAAUAACAAGGGAAGACUUGUUUUAUUAUUCGUUUUCAUUCUUGUUCUUCUACUUUUACUGCGCAAAGUGCGAAAUUACGAUGAAAAUAUGGAAACAAUUCAACCAGUCUUUCGACGAAUUUUAAAACGCAUCCAAGGUUCUCAGGACGAAUUUUGUUUGGUAUCUUAUAACAUUUUAGCGGAUGGUCCUAUUAAGAGAAACGCAGGUGCGUAUUUGCCACUUCCAAUAGCGGAGAAAUUAAAGGAGCCAAAUCCUAAAACAGCACCAAGACACAAACAGCUUAUGAAAGAGCUUCAAUGGCUCAAACCAGACAUCAUUAAUAUGCAAGAAGUUGAUGAGUCAUAUUUUGCCGUACUUGAAGAAGAACUUGAUCAAUCAGGGUUUGAAGGUGUUCACCAAUCCCAUUAUAGUGGGCAUGGCCUUGCAACAUUUUAUAAUACAAAAAAGUUUCAGAUGGAAAAGAGUGUUGGUUAUCACUUUAAUGAUUUACUGUCAAAGUUAUUUGAUCUCAACUUGUUCAAAGAUAAAAAUUCACGUAAUCAAAGGGUGGUCCUAUUUUCUCAUCUUACCCAAGUAAAGACUGGAAAGCCAAUUGUAAUAGCUAACCUCCACUCUAUGUUUGGCAUGUGGAAAGAACCAGAUAUGCAAGCGUUGCAGAUCUCGUUAUUUUUGAGACAACUACAUGAGUUCACCACCUCACUUCAAAAAAAUGGACCUGUUGCAUGGAUUGUUAGUGGCGAUUUCAACACCUAUCCAUAUUUCCCGCUGUAUGAUAUAAUCUCAACUGGAAAUGUCACCAAAGAAGGACUGCAAAAAUUGAAUGGAAAUCGAUACAAAUAUCCACAGGUUGUUGAAAGAACCAAGGACAAGAUAAGAGAAGAAGAAACCUUCAUUUUAAAAGAAGGAAAAAAGUAUCUUUCCCAUCCCCUGAAAGAUAUCAAGAGUUCUUACAAAACUGUGCUUGGUCACGAGCCGCCUCUAACCCACUAUCAAAUCAACACGGAAUUUCCGGAGGUAUAUGGAUUCAAGGUGAUGAAAGGAACGUUGGAUUACAUCUGGUAUUCUUCGAGUACGCUUAGUGUGAAUGCUGUAUUACCCCAUGUCAAGGAAGAAGUUAUAAAAUCUCUUGUAGCUUGUCCUAACAAAUAUUUUCCAAGUGACCAUUUGUCCAUGAAAGCUUGCUUUGGCUUCAAGGACUCGUGAGCCAGUUGCGUCAAGAAGACAAACUGGACAAAACAAACAAGAAAAAACAGUUUGUUCGAUCAGAAUAAGAUCACCUGUCAAAACCAUUUAUAGAAGUUAGGAGCUAUUGUAUCUCACCAGAAUGCACCUCAAGUCCCAACGGCAAAAAGAUUGUAUGCAUGUCAUGUAUUUGGGAAUAAAUGAUCAGCCAUAUCAGGACUUCACGAUAUUUAUAUCAAAUCAAGAUGAUUCGCAAAGUUGACUUCAACUGUGUUUUUUUAAUUUAGGAAUAUUUAUAGAAACGAAUUUAAAUAGAGUUUUGAAUGAAAUAUGCU